ACUGUUUACAAACAAGUGAAGGCAUAAAGCAAACUCAGCUUAUAACGGCGAUGAGAGAAGUGUUUCCUCUGGUCCUUGAAUAUCCUUUUCCUGUAAAAGAAAGAAAAAAAGAAAAUAUAUAAUUGUUUGUUCUUAUGGUGUGUGUGUGUGUGUGUAUGUAAAGUUAAAGUGACAGAGGUUUCUGGAAAUGUAGAGAAGUUGGCGGGAAGUAAGACUAAGAAGGAUACGUGAUCUGUGUCACGGCGGAGGUCAGGCUGCCUGUAAGACGCUGGUGCAGACGGGGUCCAGGAUGGAGAGUGACCUGCUUGCGCUACACUGGAUGGAGCACGCUUCAGUUUUUAGUCAAGCCAUUGGAAACUUACGGAACAAGACUAGUUACACUGAUGCAACAUUAGCUUGUGAAGGAAAUUUUUAUCCUGUUCAUAAGUUUGUCCUCUCAACAUGUAGUCAGUAUUUUAAUGCUAUCUUUGAAUGGACACCAUGUAUAAAUCCAGUAGUUGUCAUCAAUAAUGUAACUUCUAAAGAAUUAGAAGCUCUUCUUGAUUUCAUGUACAUGGGAGAAGUCAGUGUGAAAGAUUCUUUGAUCCCAGACAUUAUGCGUGCUGCAGAAUGCCUAAGAAUUCGUGGGUUAUCUCUUCUUGAUGAUGAUGGUGUCAAAACCAACCUGAAAAAUAAAAAUAAGACUGACUCAAGUGGGCCUGCUCGCAAGAAGAGAAGGACAUCACUAUCCAAGAAAAAAGUUCAAGCGCCUGCUUCAAACAACAUCCCAUCUACAAGUCAUGCAAUGGAAACGAAUAACUAUGUUGCUGUUUCUACACCAGCCCCAACACCAGUUCAUUGCUAUGAUAAUGAAGGAACCUUUAAUCAUGUCGAGAAUCAAACACCUGACUUUACUCCCAUAGAAGAGCCACCCAGACACCUUUCAGAGUCUCAGGACUAUAAUACUGAGCUGACUCAUGCUCCUCUACAAAAUAAUGCCCCAGCACAUUUUCUGCAAACACAGAUGUCUUCCUCCCCACAGCCACAUGUAGCUGUUCAGCCAUUACCACCUAUGCAGCCUUCUAAUACCAUCAUCAACCAUCGUAAUAAAAUCUCCCCGCCACAUUUUCCAACAACAUCACAUUCAAGUGCCCUUGAUCAGUCCUCUCAUGAACAGAUAUCUGAUACUUCUUUGCAUCCUGCAGUUGAUAUUAUGAAGUCAAGGAAAAUAGAACCUGUAGAAACAAAGCCACAACCACAUAUUCCUCAAGCUACAGUGUCCUCAGAAGAAAUUCCUAAUAUGCUACACAGUUUUGUUGAUAUGCAGCCUCAGUAUGAUACCAAGCUUGAACCAAGAGAGGAAGUUGCUACUUUCCAUGCUGUGGAACCCAGUCAGAACUUGUAUGAAUUCACUGAUGACCUGCCUUCAGCCUCAACAGCACCAACAUCUCAGCAAGAACUUUGCUACCAAAAGCCACUCGCGGGGGGAGCUGUAGUGUUGCCAGGUGAGGUAUGCCUUGCACCUGGGCCUUGUGGAACACCACCAGUGCUGCGACGUCACAACGAUGUUCCAGCGUGUCCAGGGAUCUCUCUUCCUGUUGUGGAGGCGGCGGGGGGGGUGUAUCCUCCAACAGCCGCUGCACACAUCGCUCGAUCUUAUCCAGCCGUUGCAGGUGUGUAGCCGCGCUGGAUAUACAGGUCAGGACCCCAUACUCCAGGUAGGGUCUUAUCUGGGCCUUGUACAGCAGUUGGAUUCCACGUUUGUCCAGUAAUCCAACUACCCUUCGUAAGUCAGAGACCCGGAGAGAGGCUUGUUGGGCAACGUGCUUGAGGUGGCGGUCAAAUCGGAGCUCUCGGUCUAGGUCCACUCCAAGAACUUUGAUAUAUUCCUGGAGUGGGAGGGUGAUGGAGCCAAACAUCACCUUUCCUUCAACCUCCUGCCUUGCUGCUAGAGACCGAGAGAUCACCAUUGCCUGUGUCUUCUCAGGGGCGAACUGCACCUGCCAGCGCUUUCCCCACUCUUGUAUCACGCCGAGUUGUCGGUUGACAUCAUCGAUGGCAUGACAACAAUUCUGACGAGGGUAGGAGAUGGACAGCGUGGAGUCAUCAGCAUAUGCGGAGAUUGCUGGCAGGCUCCUGAGAAGGUCGUCAAUAUACAGGUUCCAGAGGACCGGUCCCAGCACAGAUCCCUGAGGGACUGAGGCUCCCACUGGAAGGUCCCCUGACUGCUGCCCGAUGACGACGACAUGUAGGGUUCUUCCUUGUAGGUAGUCGCUCAUCAACAUUAGCAGGUGGCCUUGUAUGCCUUUGGCACGAAGCUUUUCAAGCAGGCCUGCAUGCCAUACCCGAUCAAAGGCUCCUGCUAUGUUGAGGGCGACUACAAGGGUGUCCAGGCCAUUGUCCAGGGAGUCCUGCCAAUCCCUCUCUCUCUCUCUCUCUCUCUCUCUCUCUCUCUCUCUCUCUCUCUCUCUCUCUCUCUCUCUCAGCUCUUUGUUGGGAAAUGUUGCUACUUACUGAUAAUUGUAUCAACACUUGCCAUGUACAUACUCUUUUCAUGUGUAUUUACAGAAAUCGACAAAGGAAGAAACUGCAGAAACAUCCAGCCAUGAUGAAACGUUACUUGACUACCUGGACAAGAGGGCAAGUCAAAGUUAGGUGACAGACAUAUAGAUAGGUGGAUUUUUGUGGAAAAUAAUGGUUGCCAGCACAAUCUUCACCCAGGAAUCACAUGAAAUGACUGGAAGGUCAAGUGUAGUUAACCAGAAGAAUUUGGCUCAACCAAAAACUUAUAUUUGGUGUGAAGAAUGGGCAUUAUAAUGCAGUUGCACUGUGGCAAUAGUUUUUUUUUUUUUUUUAUCUGCCCAUGGAAUAAAUGAUGUAGUUUUAUGUGUAGAAUCAUGUGAGAGCUUAAAAUUUGAAGACUUUUUUUUUUGGUAAAUUUUAACUUGAAAUUCUACCUAAAUUCAGUAUUCCCAGCCUUUUACCAACACCACUAAAUAGCUAACUUAGAGUAAAGUGAGUGUAUCAGUUUGAUUUUAUAGAAUGAAAAUGGAUUCAUAAUAGUGAAAUGAAUGAUCAUGAUACAACUGGUACAUUUAAUAUUCCUUUAGAAAACAAUCAUCAAAUACAAUAACUGGUUUUACUGUCAUGAUCAUAUGUUGCUGCACACCAUAGAGAACAUGUCUUUCUUGCUUCUGUUCUUACUUAUCACCUCCCUGUUGACCACCUGAGCUCAGAUGUAGCCUUCUCUCUUCUCCUGGCUGUACACAUGAUUGCUGGCCUCACUCACUUGCUGCACACAGUACUCUAUACUCUGGGUGUGUGAGGGCCAGACAUAGACAUACAUGGGGUUGUUCAGGAAAUCUCACCGCCAGCUUGGAUGUUAUCCAGAUAUAUGAGAUCAGUGAGGAUCUUAGUUUGUAGAUUGAUUUCAGGAAUCUUCCUGACUCUGAAGGUAUCAUUACCAACUGAUUCAUCAUGCCCAGAUUCUCCCAUAAGUCUCAUAUCAAAGAUCUUCUUGACUGUUGCUCUUUUCUCCUCCUCAUCCUUACUGCAGAGCAUUGCCUGCAGAACUGGCUCAGGAUGAGCAUGCAUGGGUAUGAUGCCCCAUCGUCAUCACGGAAUCUCUUUGGAACUCGGGCAUCCCUGGACAUCGCAUUUAGGGGACCGUCCAGUGAGGUUUUUGAAAAAUCGAAAAUAAAGAGAAGAGGAAUCCCUGCCAGACGCAUAACACAUUUCAGCAGACGAGCAAGGAGCUUGGAUGAUCACAGUGGUUCUCUUGCUACCGAGUAAGCCACUAUCCUUUCGUGAUCUCAUUGCCAGAUCUCAUAUAAUCAGCCUGUACUGUAAUUUCAUCCUGUCCCAAAGGACCAUUAUGGAUGCUUUCAAGUCGUCCAACGUCUCUGUGGAGAAUUAUGAAGCCAGCUGCAGGAGGAAAUUUGAGGCUGACAAUGUCAUCUACGAGAGACUAAUCUUUCUUCAACAGCAGAAGUUUUGUCAACGGCGACAACAAGUCGGAACGAAGAUUCAUCCAGAGAAAGGCAGUCACAUUCCAGUGGGAUGCAUCACAGAUCUUGUACUUUACUGGAGCGGGUGACAGCAAGCGGCGGUAAGUGAUACGCACCAUGGAGAAGCUUGCUGACGUGCUGUGGUUUCACCACAGUAGCCCGAUUUCAGGUGAUAGUGGUGUGCAGGCAACAUAUAACAGGGUUGCCGCAGUGUACUACUGGAGAAGUAUGAGAGAAGAUGUCAAACACUACAUACACCAGUCACAUAAGGAAGAGAAACCAUGCACAUGUCCGUGUCACUUGUUGGUCACAGUCAACUUCCCAACAAUUUGGGAGUGAGGGGAGCGGAGGUUAGAACAUUUAGAGGUCCUGGAGGUAAAGCUUAUAAUUUUUGGAAUGAUGAGCGUAUGUGCUCUGUACUGAAUUGGGAACAUGACCUGUGUAUUUUAUGGAUAGGGUCUAAUGCCAUAGAUGAUGAUUCUGAAGUGCAAGAAAUAGUAGACAAUAUAGUGUCCAUCAGGGACUCCAUAGUUGAAAACUGUGGAGCUGAUGUAAUCGUAGUUCUGGUGGAACCACGAUACUACCCAGAUGAUUAACCUGUGUCUGACCGGUAUCGUCAUAUUCAAAGGGGCAUAAAUCGUAAACUAAAGAGAGAAUUGUCAAAUGAUAGUUUCAUUCAGUUCAACAUGCCUGUAUAUGAAGAGCUGUUGAGCUCAGAUGGGGUACAUUGGACUUAUGAAGGGAAGCAGAUGAUUAAAAAGAAACUCAGAAAUGUCAUUCGGAGAUACUUGAACUGAGACGAUAGCUAGUAAAUACCUGAAAAGACUCCUGCUACAUUAAAGGGUUAAGUAAAAGGGAAAGUGUGGUUUAAAACCAACUGUUGUCUAGCAGGUUAUGUGUAUUUAGAUAUUAAAUAUAUGUAUAAGAUAUGAAAUAUAUGUAUAAGAUAUGAAAUAUAUGUAUAAGAUAUGAAAUAUAUGUAUAAGAUAUGAAAUAUAUGUAUAAGAUAUAAAAUAUAUGUAUAAGUAAUAUGCAAUCUUAAAAUUUAAGAAAGAAAAGAAUACAUGAUAUAUGUAUGUAUAUAUCUAUAUCUUUGUCACUACAAUUUUGUUAAGUGUUAACAAAUAUUAAUUAAUUAGUAUAGAUAUUUCAAAACUAUCAGAAAAAAACUGCGUGAUUUAUGUAUCUUUAUAUUCGUCACCGUGCACAGUUUUAUUGUGUCAACAAAUAUUAAUUAUUUGAUAUUCAGGAAAUAUAUGUAGGCAAUAUGAAUUUCAACUAAAAUGAAAAAAAAAAAAAUACAUAUAUGAUUUACGUCUAUUAUACCUUUGUCACCACAAUUUUUUUGAGUGCAAACGAAUGCUAUUUACUUGAUAUUGUGAAAAAAAUAUAUGUAAGUAAUAUGCAUGUAAACUAUAAGAAACAUCAGGAAAAAAAAACAAGGUAAAUAAAGUGCUAUUACUCCAA